AGCAUUGGAACAUGCAUCUUACCAAUCGUCAAGUGAGGUAGCUACUGCCCCUAACAACGAAUUGACUGUUACCAGGUAUGUUGUUCAUGCGGACCACUUGAGCAUCCGCGUAAAUAAGGUGGAGUUGCUGCUCGGGAGUGCCCUGAUGACAUGCUGCAUGCUUAGGUAGCGGGCCCGCCCAGCCAGCAUUCCGGGGUCGGCAACUUUGACCUUGGAGACCUGCAGGCACCAGCCAUCUUCUCUUGUUUAUCACCAAGCUGCUUAUCGAACAGCGAGAUCCUACAUCUCUUCUGGAGUAACCUGACGCAGGUCGUUGAACAUUUACAAUCACCAUGCAACUCCGACAGUUGACAGCCCUCCUUUCCCUUCCAACCGCUAUCCUUUCUUUCGUCGUCUUUCCCGAAGCCGAAGUCUUCCAGACUCAUUCCGAAGAUCUCAGUCUUGCGCUCACUUUACCCGUCCCAAAAUACGUCGAAUUCAUUGAAGCGGUCCAUCCGGAGCAGCGCAUCCAAAUCACAAGGCUAUCUCCUGAGCAUGUCGAACCUACGGAGGAUCUAGAAGAUACCGAUGACCAACCUCUACCAGUGGUAAUCUGGCAUGGCCUGGGUGAUUCCGCCGACAACAAGGGACUGAAAGAGGUGGCAGAAUUGAUCGACAGCGUCCAUCCAGGAACAUAUACCUACAUUAUCUCUGUGGUUGGCGGCGCCGGGUCUGCAGAUCGCCAGGCAUCUUUCUUCGGCAAUGUCACGGAGCAGCUCGAGUCUGUGUGCCACGCAUUGGCCGAAGACAAUAUCCUGAAGACUGCGCCCGCUGUCGACGCCAUCGGCUUCAGCCAGGGCGGUCAAUUCCUGAGAGGCUAUGUUGAGCGAUGCGGUGGCUGGGCACCCAAGGUUCGGUCACUGAUCACGUUCGGAAGUCAACAUAAUGGUAUUGCGGAGUUUCAGAAAUGCAAGAGCACGACAGAUUGGGUCUGCCAGGGCGCCAAUGCACUGCUGAAGAGCAGCACUGUCUGGUCGGAUUUCGUGCAGUCGAGACUCGUGCCGGCGCAGUAUUAUCGCGACACGAACGAUUUCGAGAAUUACUUGAAUCACUCGAAUUUCUUGGCUGAUAUCAACAACGAGCGGAAGGUCAAGAAUGCGACGUAUGCGCAGAACAUUGCCGCCCUGGAGAAACUCGUUAUGGUUGUGUUUGAUGAGGAUAGAACGGUGAUCCCAAAGGAGAGUGGGUGGUUCGCUGAGGUCAAUUUGACUUCUGCCUCGGUCACGCAGUUGAAAGACAGGCCGAUUUAUAUGGAGGACUGGAUUGGGUUGAAGAAGCUGGAUGAGAAGGGUGGUUUGGAUUUCCUUGCGCUUCCUGGGGAGCAUAUGAAUUUCAGUGAUAAGGAUCUCAAGGCGCUGUUUGCCAGGUAUUUCGGUCCUUCUGGGAGGAAGUUCGAGAAGCCGUCUAAAGAGGAUGGAUGGAAGCUGGAGUUGUAGAGCCGGGUCCUUCAGGGGUUGGAUGUAUUAUAGCAGGAGUUGCUUGUCUAGCUUUUAUUAUAAUUGUCGUAUAGGACGAUGCUUGGGUUGA